UUUUCAUUCCGUUCUCCCUGUGCUUAUUGUAUUUUCGAUCCUAUGAUGGUGACUUCUCUGUUGUCAUUCUUGUAAAGGAACCUGCUCUUGAUAUCUCUCUGUUGACUAAAGCUUUACAUUUCCCUCCAGAGGACAUGGAUUGACACUGGAGGACUUUGGAGUGCAAUGGUAGGCUGACAACAGCAUGUCUGAAGCCGCCAAUGCCAGCCACCUGCACCAGCUGAACGUCACAGCUGUCAGUGGGGAGUUGUCGGCUUUAAGUAGUCUCUUUAACAAGCCGUCAGCGUAUGUGGAACUCCUGGUGGAUGGUGUGCACCAGAAAAAGACCCAACAUGUCAAACACAAUACACAUCCAAAAUGGCAUGAAACGUUCACAGUAUUGGUGACAAAAGACUCUGUACUGGUCUUCCGUGUGAGUGACCACCACACCUUAGUGAGAGAUUCUGUCAUAGGAGAAGCUACCCUAAAGCUUGCAGAUGUGGUUGCCGCCUACGAUGGGAAGAAGAGCUCCACUCACACACUGCCGCUGACUCAGCCGCCUAAUUGUGUUGUGCCAGCUACUUCCCAGCCUCCCACCAUCACAGUCACCCUAGAUGGUUUGAAUAUAUUAACCCAGGGAGGUGCUAGACAAAGGGAAGUCAACUAUAACCUUCCAACUGUUGUGAAUGUGAGUGGUGGGAAUGUCAGUGGAAGUAAUACAGUCACAGUUCGGGUUGGUGGCAAAACUCCACCACCUGUACCCCCUCCACCCAAGCUGAUCCAGUCUGAUGCCCAUUCAGGAGCAGCCUUGCCUGCCAUCAUGUCAGCAAGUGGCAGCCAGUCUAACUCUGGCACAACUAUAACCCAUACCUCACACACAUCUGCAACACACAACCCCAUUCCGUCUCUUCCUUCCAUUAAUAGUGAUGGCCAGGCUGCCUCGUCCCACCCAAGCACCCGGGCUAGGAAGAGUGUGGGCAACGGGUCUGCUGUUGUGGUAUUAGGUGGAGAGAGUCCCACUGACAGUUCUGGAAACCAGAAUGGGAGACCCAAUGGUGCAGAAUCCACAGCUCCCCCUGUGUCAGGGAAUGUGUCUCCCCAGGCCAAUCAUCAGCCUAAUCCACCACAAGUUGCCAGUAAUGCCACUAAUGGGAAACUUCCAACCAAUGGCACACCCCAGCACUCUGCUUCCUCUCCUGCUGCUCCAAAGCCACCUGGGCUUGCCCCAAGACCUGCAAAUCGUCAUCACAGAGCUCACAAAAACAAACGGAACUCAGAUGGUAGCAAUACUCCAGGGAGUGGAAACAGUAAUGGAAGCAGCAGUGGAGCUCCAGCCUCAGCAGGAAACAUUAGCAGCAGCAGUAGUGGUAGCAACUCUGCUCAGCCUGCAGCAGUAGGGGUUCAGGAGGAACCUCUUCCCCAUGGAUGGGAGAUGCGUCAUGAUCAGUAUGGGCGUCGCUACUACGUAGAUCACACAACCCGCUCCACAACAUGGGAGAGACCAAAGCCCUUACCUGCAGGCUGGGAGGCACGUCGCGAUCCAAGGGGAAGAGUUUAUUAUGUCGAUCAUAACACCAGAACGACUACAUGGCAGCGGCCAACAGUAGAGCAUAUUAGGCAAUUUGAAGAAUGGCAAGGGGAGCGACAACACAUUGCACAGCUCAGUGCACAGAGGUUCCUGUAUCCCAACACCAACCAAGAGACUGAGAAUGAUCCUCUGGGCCCACUCCCUCCUGGUUGGGAGAAGCGGCAGGAGCCCAAUGGUAGAAUUUACUUUGUCAACCACCGCAACAGAACAACUCAGUGGGAUGAUCCAAGGACACAAGGAAUGGGACUUGAGGAGGAGGCCCUUCCAGCUGGCUGGGAGAUGCGACUCACAGAUGAUGGUCGCCAGUACUUUGUGGACCACAACACCCGCCAGACAACUUUCCAGGAUCCUCGUCCAGGAGCCAAGCAAAUGCCCUGUAUCAUGGAAAGUUCAUUUAUUCUGGUUUUACCAUGCCUUUCUAUAAGCGAAUGUUGAACAAGAAACUUACCAUGAAGGACUUGGAGUCCAUUGAUCCAGAGUUCUAUAAUUCACUUGUGUGGAUUAGGGAUAACAACAUUGAGGAGUGUUGCCUUGAGAUGACCUUCUGCACUGAUUUUGAAGUUCUGGGGAAGAUAACUGAGGUAGAGUUGAAGCCUGGGGGAAAAGAUAUCCAAGUGACAGAGGAGAAUAAGGAAGAAUAUAUUGACCUCAUGAUGCAGUGGCGUCUCACUCGAGGCCAAGAAGCACAGACAAGGCAUUUCCUGGAAGGAUUUUCAGAAGUGGUGCCACUAGAGUGGUUGAAGUAUUUUGAUGAACGAGAAUUGGAAUUGUUGCUGUGUGGAAUGCAAGAGAUAGACAUUUGUGAUUGGCAGAAGCAUACUAUAUACCGCCACUAUAACCGAUCUUCAAAACAAAUUAUGUGGUUCUGGCAGUUUGUGAGAGAGAUUGAUAAUGAGAAGAGGGCACGUCUACUACAGUUCGUCACUGGAACCUGCCGCGUACCAGUAGGAGGCUUUGCAGAACUAAUGGGGAGCAAUGGGCCACAGAAAUUCUGCAUUGAGAAGGUGGGUAAAGAGACAUGGCUUCCUCGGUCCCACACUUGCUUCAAUCGGUUAGACAAAUCAUAGGUCACAGCUUAAAAAUGAAGAGUUCAUCAAUUCACAUACUCAUCAUGCUUACUAGUCGCGAAUUUUUAAAAUGGCCUAUGAUCAUUCCUUUGGGACUGUUGUGUUUCCUGUGUAUUUAGACAAGACACAAUACUCACAGUCAUGUGAUUGCCACCCUUUCAAAAUUCACAUUGUACA